ACUUCAUCUCACAAAACAUUAUUGGGUUUGUCUUGUCCUUUCAUUACAUUCCAUCGUUAAAAAGACCCCACAUUUCCCUUUAGAACCAGGGCACGUACGUACAUAAACCAUCACACAUUAAUCCAUCCAUGGCUUUCUUAUCCAAGUUGCCCUUGGUUCUUUUCCUCUCUUCUCUCUUCCUCCAUGCUGCAAUAGCCGAGCUUGUUUGCGAGAAUUUGCCAAACAAUGUUUGUGCAUUUUCAAUAUCAUCGUCGGGCAAAAGGUGUUUGCUGGAGACAUCCAUGGCUAGUGAUAAUGGAAAGGUGGAGUACCAAUGCAAGACAUCGGAAGUGUUGGUUAAUGGCAUGACUGAAUAUAUUGAGACUGAUAAAUGUGUUGAAGCGUGUGGGGUUGAUAGAAAAACUGUUGGAAUCUCAUCGGAUGCCCUUCUUGAUGCAAAAGCCACUACCAAGCUUUGCUCUCCGGAUUGUUACCAAAUGUGCCCAAACAUUGUCGAUCUUUACUUCAACUUGGCUGCCGGGGAGGGAGGAUAUUUGCCGGAACUCUGUGAGAAACAACGCUCCAAUCCUCACCGCUCCAUGAGUGAGUUUUUGGGUUCCGGUGUGGCCCCUGGCCCUGUUUCUGGCUCUCCACGCUCCAAUUCUCACGGCCGUUCCAUGAGUGAGCUUUUGCGUUCUGGUGUGGCCCCUAGCCCUGGCCCUGUUUCCGGCUCUCCAUCUCGAAAAUUAUACGAGACCGUUCCCUUUUACGUUUCUGCAGCUGCAGCUCCCCAGUAAUCAUGUGAUCAUCUGCAUGCAUGGUUUUUGGAGUACUCUGUAUUUUAUAAAUUAGCUUAAUUUAAUGAGGAAUUACUAUAAGUAAAGUUGGGAGAGAAUAUGUGUCGAAAUGAUGGAUUGAAAUUUGAGGGUCAUUCCUUCGGGUGGAGUAAUACCAUUAUAAGGUCUCUCUGUAUUACGCACUGUUUGCGUAGUAUAAUUUGAUUGAGAAGAUAGAUUUUAAAACUUAAAUCUUACCAAUCAAAUUUUUUUCCAUUUAGGUGAUAUUGUUAAUGGUGUGCUCUACACACCAGUUUAAGAAUAGAAUAACUCAAUGAAAUGUAAUGUUGAGAACUA